UAGCAAUACCAUUCUAUACUUCCCUUCGAGAGCUCGCGUCGGUUCCCGCAAUCUUCUGCAACCCUUGCUUAUUGCAAGCCCUGUGUGAAUUUUAGUUCAGUAUUUGGGUGGCUCCAGAAAACAUUGGAUAUACAUAGUUUUCACAUACGAUCCUAUCCUCCAGGAUCGUGGUGGUGAAUGAAUGAGUGAGGGGGUGCACUGAACACACACGCACAAUGACAGAGAUUGAGUCGCUGGUCAACAAUGUCCGAUGGGACCCUGGAGUAGUAGAUGAGGACUUCGAUGCGGUUAACAACUCCUCCAAGCUUUUUGAGAGGUCAAGAAUCAAGGCUCUAGCGGAUGAACGUGAGCUAGUCCAGAAAAAGACUUUCCAGAAAUGGGUCAACUCUCAUCUGAUCCGGGUCAACCACAAGAUCCAGGACUUGUACGUAGACUUGAGGGAUGGACGCAUGCUCAUCAAGCUGCUGGAAGUGCUGUCAGGAGAAAGGCUGCCUCGUCCCACCAAAGGCAAGAUGAGGAUCCACUGCCUGGAGAAUGUGGACAAGGCCUUGACCUUCCUGCACGAGCAGCGCGUGCACCUGGAGAACAUGGGAGCUCACGACAUUGUGGACGGCAGCUCUCGCCUCACUCUGGGUCUUAUCUGGACCAUCAUCCUCAGAUUCCAAAUCCAAGACAUUACCAUUGAGGAAGUGGAUAACAAUGAGACCAAGUCUGCCAAGGAUGCGUUGUUGCUGUGGUGUCAGAUGAAGACUGCGGGAUACCCCAAUGUAAACGUGCGAAACUUCACCUCCAGUUGGAGGGACGGGCUGGCCUUCAAUGCUCUCAUCCACAAGCACAGGCCAGAUCUGAUCCAGUAUGAGAAGCUGCAAAAGUCCAACGCCAUGCACAACCUGAACAACGCCUUCACCACGGCCGAGGACAAGCUGGGACUGACCAGUCUGCUGGAUCCUGAGGAUGUGAAUGUGGAGUUCCCAGAUGAAAAGUCCAUCAUCACCUAUGUGGUCACAUACUACCAUUACUUCUCCAAGAUGAAGGCUGACUCCGUGCAAGGAAAACGUAUCGGAAAGGUCAUUGACAAUGCCAUCAACACAGAGAGCAUGAUCAACCAGUAUGAGAGCAUGACCUCCGACCUCCUGGAAUGGAUCGAGCAGACCAUCGUCAUCCUGAAUGACCGCCAGUUUGCCAACUCCUUGACCGGGGUACAGCAGCAGCUGGCAGCCUUCAGCACCUACCGCAUCGUGGAGAAACCACCCAAAUUUGACGAGAAAGGCAACCUGGAGAUCUUGCUGUUCACCAUCCAGAGCAAGAUGCGCGCCAACAACCAGCGUCCGUACCUGCCAAAGGAAGGCAAGCUGCUGUCGGACAUCAACAAGGCUUGGGAGCGUCUGGACAAGGCAGAGCACGAGAGAGAGCUGUCUCUCAGGGAGGAACUCAUCAGACAAGAGAAGCUGGAGCAGCUUGCGGCUCGGUUCGGACGUAAGGCAGGCAUGCGUGAGGAGUGGCUGAGUGAGAACCAGCGACUGGUGGCACAGGACAAUUUCGGCAAUGACUUGGCAGCUGUGGAGGCAGCCACCAAGAAACACGAAGCUAUCGAGACAGACAUCAAUGCUUAUGAGGAGCGUGUCUCUGCAGUAGUGGCCGUGGCGAGCGAGCUGGAGCAGGAGAACUACCAUGACAUAGACCGCAUCAAUGCCCGUCGUGACAACGUGCUGCGUCUGUGGAACUACCUGCUAGAGCUGCUACAGGCCCGGCGCAUGCGUCUGGAGCUUACCCUCAGCCUCUACAAGGUCUUCAAAGAGAUGCUCUACAUCCUGGACUGGAUGGAAGAGAUCAAGGCCCGCCUGUUGUCAGAGGAUUAUGGCAAGCACCUGAUGGGUGUGGAAGAUCUACUGCAGAAACACAGUCUUCUAGAGGCAGAUGUCAACGUGGUCGGGGAGAGAGUUUCCACUGUCAAUGGGCAAGCACAACGCUUCAUUGAUGAUGACUUUUCGGAAAUUGGAGGCUACCGACCAUGCAACCCAGAGAUGAUCCAGGAGCGCAUGAACAUGCUGGACAGCGCAUAUGAGGAGCUGCGUCAGCUGGCUGCCGACCGCCGCAGACGUCUGGAGGAGUCUCGCAAACUCUGGCAGUUCUACUGGGACAUGGCCGACGAAGAGGGCUGGAUCAGAGAGAAAGAGCAGCUCAUGUCAUCCCCUGACCUGGGUCAUGACCUCACCAGUGUCAACCUGUUACUCAGCAAACACAAGGCUAUGGAAGAUGAGAUGACGGCCCGUCACAGCCACUUGCAGGAGGUUCAAACUUCAAGCAACGAGCUCAUUGAGGCCGGCAACUUUGGUGCUGACCAGAUCGAACAGAGAAACAACGAGAUUUCUUCCCAAUGGGAGAGUCUCAUUGACCUGGCCACGUACCGCAAAAAGAGACUCAAUGAAGCCGUGGACUUCUACCAAUUUUUCGCUGAUGCUGAUGACGUGGACACGUGGUUGAUGGACACCCUCAGACUCGUUUCCAGCGAGGACGUGGGCAAGGACGAGGCCAGCGUUCAGUCUCUGCUCAAGAAACACAAGGAAGUUACAGAAGAACUCAAGAGCUACCAGAGUGUGAUAGAAGCACUGCAUGAGCAAGCGGCCAACCUGGGAGAACAGGAUCGUGAGUCACCAGAUGUACAGAGCCGUCUGACCUCCAUCGAUCGCCGCUACCAAGAACUCUUGGAAUUCUCCAAAUUGCGUAAACAGAGACUCAUUGAUGCACUUUCGCUUUACAAACUUUUCAAUGAGUCCGAUGGCGUGGAGACCUGGAUUGAUGAGAAGGAGAAAUUCCUGACCACCAUCAUCGUGACGGACGAUGUGGAAGAGCUUGCCAUCAUGAAGCACCGUUUCGACAGUUUCGAGCAUGAGAUGAACGCGACAGCCUCCAAGGUGGCCGUCGUCAAUCAACUUGCACGACAGCUCAUGCAGGCAGAGCAUCCCAACGCCGAAGAGGUGGUAGAGCGGCAGAACCAACUCAAUGCCACCUGGAACAACCUGAGAGAAAUGGUUGACCAUAAGAGAGACGACAUCAAUGUUGCACACGGCUUCCAGAACUUCAACAUCGAGUGCAAUGAAACAAUUGGCUGGAUCCAUGAGAAGGCCAAACUGAUUGAGUCUACCGAUGAGCUGGGCAAUGACUUGAGUGGAGUGAUGACUCUACAGCGCAGACUGAGCACUAUGGAAAGAGAUCUGGCUGCUAUUCAAGCCAAACUCGAGUCCCUCCAAGGUGAGGCCGAGAGGUUGGAAGAACAGAAACCAGAAGAGGCGGAGGCCAUCAAGGAGAAGAUUGCAGAAAUCAACAAUGUCUGGAUGGAUCUGAAGGAUAUGCUGAAAGAAAGAGAUGAGAAGCUGGGAGAGGCCGGAGAGCUCCAGCGCUUCCUGGGCAGUCUUGACCACUUCCAGUCGUGGCUGUCACGCACACAGAUGACCGUGGCUUCGGAGGAUAUCCCCAACUCUCUGGCCGACGCGGAGAAACUGCUGAACCAGCACCAGCAGCUGCGGGAUGAGAUUGACACCUACGCUCCCGAGUAUGCUAAGAUUAAAGAGUUUGGUGACAAGGUGACAGAAGGAGAGGAAGACCCACAGUACAUGUUCCUCAGACAGAGACUACAAGCUCUGGACGAUGGCUGGCAUGAGCUGCUACAGAUGUGGGAGAACAGGCAGCAGCUACUCUCACAGUCCCUCAACCUUCAGAUGUUCUUGCGAGACGCUAAGCAGGCUGAAGUGUUGCUCAAUCAACAAGAUAAUUUCUUGUCCAAGGAGGAUGUUCCUAUUGCGCCCUUAGAUAAACAGACAUCAGUGCAAGCAGCAGAGAACCUGAUCAAACGUCAUGAGGCCUUCAUCACCACCAUGGAUGCCAACGACGAGAAGAUCAACGCUGUUCUGCAGUUUGCCAACAGACUGAUGGAUGAGAACCACUAUGCUGGAGAGAAAAUACAGAAGAAGGCAGAGUCGAUCAAUGAGAGGAGGGACCAAAACCGACAGAGAGCCGAUGAACAGCUGGACAGAUUGAAGGACCAACUGACCUUGCAGCAGUUCUUGCAGGAGUGUGAUGAGUUGCGUGACUGGCUGCAAGACAAAAUGGCCGCCGCUCAGGAUGAGACGUACAGAGAUGCCAAGAAUCUCCACAGCAAGUACGUACGUCACCAGGCCUUCGAGUCAGAGAUUGCUGCCAACAAGGACAGACUCAACAGGGUUGUCGAGGAAGGAGAAACCAUCAUGUCAUCCAAGCCCGAGACGAGAGAACAGAUUGAGCCCAUGCUGUCUGAGCUGUCCACACAAUGGGAGGACCUGGAGACCACCACCAAAGAGAAGGGAGAGCGUCUGUUUGACGCUAACCGCUCCACCCUAUACCAGCAAAGCUGUGAUGAUGUGGACGGCUGGGUCACCGCCCUUGAGUCUCAGAUCGUCACAUCCGAGGACUUUGGCAAGGAUCUUACCACUGUCAACUUGCAAGUGCAGAAACAGAAUCAUUUGGAGAACCAGAUGAAGAUGAAGGAGCAACAGGUCCAGGAGCUAGAGAGCCAGAGCGAACAUCUACGCCGUCUGGAGCCUGAUAGAGAGGAGGAGAUCGAGGCCAGGAGAGCACUGGUGGCUCAGAGGUUUGCAAAGAUCCAAGGUCCUCUGAUGAUGCGACGUGCCAACCUGGAGAAGGUGAAACGCAUCCAUCAGUUCAUGCGAGACGUUGAGGACGAGAAGUUGUGGAUUGAAGAGAUGAUGCCCAGAGCCACCAGUACAGACUACGGCAACAGUCUACUCAGUGUGCAACUGCUCAUCAAGAAAAACCAUUCAUUGCAAGUGGAGAUUGACAAUCAUGAGCCUCGCAUCAAGAGUGUGGUCCAGGUUGGUCAGGAGCUGAUCGAUGCCGGUCACUCCCAAUCGGAGGAGUUCCGCGCCCUCAUCGAGGACUUGCUGCAACGCUGGCAGGAGCUGAAGGACGCCAUCGACGCUCGUAACCAGAGGCUCAAACUGUCGGAGAUUGCACAGCAGUACUACUUCGAUGCCGCGGAGGCUGAGGCUUGGAUGAGUGAGCAGGAGCUGUACAUGAUGGGUGAGGAGCGGGCCAAGGAUGAGAUAGGGGCACAGAACAUGAUGAAGAAACACCAGACGCUGGAGAACAAUGUGGAGGACUAUGCCGAGGUGGUCAGACAGCUGGGAGAGAGGAGCCGGGAGCUGAUGGAAGAGGAACACCCAGAGAGCGACCAGAUUGCGGUGCGUCAGUCACAAGUAGACAAAUUCUACGCCGGCCUCAAGGACCUGGCCCAGGAAAGGCGGGGCAAGCUGGAGGAAGUGUUCAAACUCUACACCCUCCACCGCGAGAUCGACGACCUGCUGGAAUGGAUCGCAGACAAAUCGGCUGUGGCUGGCUCCAACGAACCAGGACAGGACUACGAACAUGUCUCUAUGUUGAAAGAGCGCUUCAAGGAGUUUGCCAGGGACACGGAAAACAUUGGUCACGAGCGUGUGGCUUCGGCCAAUGAGAUCUGUGAUGAUCUGAUCGCAUCAGAACACUCUGAUGCUGCGUCUAUUGCCGAGUGGAAGGACAACGUGAACGAUGCCUGGGCUGACUUACUGGAGCUCAUCGACACACGCACAGAGCUGCUGCAGACAUCCUGGGAGCUGCACAAGUUCUUCUACGACUGCAAAGAUACUCUGGAGAGAAUUGUGGAGAAGCAGAACUACAUCCCCGAGGAGUUGGGCCGUGAUGCCCAGAGUGUGGCUGCUCUACAGAGAAAGCACGCCAACUUUGAACAUGACUUGGUCACACUGGGAACUCAGGUGGAGGCUAUCCAGACAGAGUCUCUGCGGCUGCAAGCGGGCUAUGCAGGAGAGAAUGCACAGACCAUCGUCGACCGUGAGGCGGAGGUGUUAGAGGCGUGGAAGAACCUCCAUGUGUUAGUGGAGCGUAGACGUCUGACCCUGGCCGACGCCUCAGACUACUACAGGUUUAUGCUGAUGGCCCGGGACCUGCUGUUGUGGAUCGAUGACAUCACCAGACAGAUGAACACGCAGGAGAAGCCACGGGAUGUGUCUGGAGUGGAGUUGCUGAUGAACAACCACCAGAGUAUGAAGGCAGAGAUUGACGCUAGAGAGGAGAACUUUGCCAUCUGUAUCAAUCUGGGUCGCGACUUGCUCAACCGACAGCACUACAAACAAGAACAGGUGCGUGAGAAACUCAUCCAACUGACCUUGUUGCGACUCGACAUGACAGACUUGUGGAAUGAGAGAUGGGAACAUUUGCAGCUCAUCCUGGAGGUGUACCAGUUUGCCAGAGAUGCUGCUGUGGCCGAGGCGUGGCUCAUCGCGCAAGAGCCUUAUCUGUCCAACCAAGAUCUGGGUGACACUUUGGAUGCUGUGGAGAAUCUAUUGAAGAAACAUGAAGCAUUUGAAAAGUCUGCAGCUACGCAGGAAGAAAGAUUUGCUGCCCUCCUCAAACCAACUACGUUUGAAAUCAGAGAUAGAGAAAAGAAGAAGGCGGAGGAAUACGGCAAGAGUCAUCCAGACGAGAUCGAGAAACAGAAAGAAGAGAGGAGACGACAGUACAUUCAGGAAUUCUUACCUCCCGAGCCACCCAAACCAGAACCAGUGGUGGAGGUGGAGCAGCCGGUAGCAGCAGCAGCCCCAGACAACCAAGUGGCCCCAGAGACAGUGGAAGAGGCCGUCGGUCAGCCGAUCAGCUCUGAGGAGAAGUCAGAGACAGAUGCUGGAGUCCGCCGACCUCGUCGGGAGCGCCAGUCGAGGGAAGCGGAGGAGGUUGACGAGCCUGACUCCUUCCACCGCCGAUCUCACGCCCGCAACGACUAUCCUCAGCCCUCCUCGGAAUCUCCUUCGCCUAGGAAGCCUCGAGGAGGAAAAGCAGCAGCGCCAUCAGAGUCUGUCAGUCUGGAGGGGAUGUUGUCGCGCAAACACGAGCUGGAUGUCGGUGAACGCAAGGCUGGGAAUAGAUCAUGGGACAAACUGUUCCUUGUUCUCCAAGGACCAUCAUUAUCAUGCUACAAAGAUCAGAAACAUGCAAAGACAGACCCCAACAACAGGAUCCACCACGAGGCAGCCAUCGACAUCUCUGGCGCCAGCUGUGAGGUGGCCGCGGACUACACCAAGAGACCGUUUGUAUUCCAGCUGAGGCUGACCAAUGGUGGCAAGUAUCUCUUCCAGGCCAAGGAUGAGGGUGAGCGAGACAUGUGGAUUAACCGAAUCAACCAAGCGGCUGGGCCAUCAGCAGGGGCCAUGCCCACCAAGUCACAGACCUUGCCAGCUCGCAUUGAGAAGGAGGAGCCCAAGAAACGCGGCCUUUUCUCCCGGAGGAAGUAGUCGCCAUUUCAUUGUGUAGUCUUAGAAACAUUCAAGAAAUUGUCAAUAACAAAUCGCUUUUUAUAAAAACCAGCAAGUUUUUUUGUUGUUUUCAUUCACAUUUAUUUUUACCUUCCUCAAUCCCCUGUGCUUCUGUGGAAGCAUAAGUGUAACAAAAUAGUUUGUGGGGAUGUUCAUUAGCGCUUAUCCAUGGCUGAAUCUCAGGAGGUCUGUUUAUGUACGUCCCCCUUACAUUUCAAGUUCAUCAGCUUCAUUCUGUGUUUUGCAAAGAAAACUUGAAGCGUAGACGUAUUUGCUGGUCAUUUAAGGUGGGAAUGGAUGGUGGGAAUUGAGUGUAGAAAUUUUUAUGUGGCCAUUUGUCAUUCAUUACAAAUUACCGUCAUUUUUUCGAGGACAAGUUAUAGUGUGAAUAGGUAUGAUUGUAGACAGGAUACUAGUGAUGGGUGGCUGCGCUGUGUGCUUGAACAAAGAUGUUUUAAAUUUUUGCUUUUUCUGGAUGUUCAUGGAGUUGUCCUAUUUCAUGUUUCUAGUGUGAGGAUUUUUUCCUCUAUGGGUUCUCCCUUCACGUAUUGGACUCCUACCUGUAUGAGUGUCACGUAAAUAUUUUUGGUUGCUUUGACAUAUAAGAAAAGCUGCCCCUUUUUCCGGCACAGAGUUUGGGAAAUUUACCAAGCAUUGUUCACUGUGAAGAUGAACGGACAAUGUUAUUGACUUGAGGCUGUGGUUUUAACGGAUUUCCAUAAGUAACAGUGUUGUGCCUGAUUGUUUUGUCGCACUCAUAUCCUUUUGCUUUGCCUGUGGAAGAUCUUGCCUAGAUCUGCAGCCCUGCCUGUUGUUUAGACAUCUUUCUCUCCUCCUCUGACCCUCUCAUAGACUUUUCAAAGCUUUGUUCAGUGCAACAUUCCCUGAGAUCAUUAAUGCUGUAAGCAUUGAGCAUUCUGUGUUGGGACUAUUACCAUCUGAUAAGAGUGCAUAGAUUUUAAAGUUCUUUCCAGUAUUACUUCAUCUGUCUUGCAGCAAUUCUCAGAAUUGCUUGAGAGACAAGGACCAAAUUCACCUACACUGCCGAGAUGUUGUAAAGAAAUAAAAAGUCUCAUCUACCUUCAUGUUAAAAUGCUCAUUGUUAAGGAAAAGUCCUUUUGUUAUUACAGUCAACAUGGAGGUUCUUGUAUCAAAAUCAAAACAAAGUUUGACCAGGAAAAAUAGUCUAUUAGGAGCAUUUAAAAAAAUCAAAUCUAAAUGUAAAAGAAAAUUUCUUUCUUGAACUUACAAGAUCCCUCUAUGCAAGGUCCUGACUACCAAGGUGUUCCAGCCAUUUCACCUGGCUUCUUAGAAACCUUCCAGGAUUUUUUGGCGCGUCAUCCUUCAUCAGUGUGAAUACUCCAGGUCAUAGCUCAUUAACCAUUCACAAUGGACGACAUACACAGAGCAAAACCAGGAGUCUCCUAUGUGUUCUCUCUACGGACGUGUACAUGCUGUAGAUAAAAUUGCGCCUGUGUGCUUGCUUUUUGGUUCAAGCACAGUAGCAUAAGAGGAACAAGUGAAGGGAAAGAAUGCUGUAGUCUGUGAAUAAAUCAGAAAGUUUUUCCGCCAGCUCUAUCACAUGUGUAGUAAAUGUUACUCCUCUUUGGUGGUCUAUAGUCGGUGUCGUGUGCAGUAUUUUUUUUUCUCAAGAGAUGUUUCUCCAUUGAUGUUCAAGUGUUUUUUACGACUUUAUGGAAGAUAUAUUCUUGAAUCAUAAGCACUCAUUUUCUUUUUGGCCAUUUAUUGAACAGUUACAAACUCGAUUGUCUCAGAAAUGCGUGCAGACUUCUCGAGUCUCACUCGUGGCAAAAUCUGGAAAGUGAAAGGUAUUAUUAAACUGGUCAUGAUAUAUCAAUGAGACAACAAAAAGAACAGAGAAUCCAGCUUGCAAUGAUGACAACACUGCCAAGAUGAAUGAAAAACAACUUUAAUGUACUGAAAUAUUUCUUUGUUCACCCAUGUCCCUUUGUCUCAAAAUUUGGAUGGCUAUCAUUUGUACAUACUCCUGGUUGCUUCAUGUCUUUUGUGGCCUUUUCUGUUUUCUUUUUUCAUCUGUUGUUCUGUACGUGGCACCUCGCCGACCCUUGUGUUCGCCUCUGACUCCUCCUCCUCCUCCUCACGCUUCCUAGAUAGUUUUCCUGUUUUGUUUCCUAGAAGGGUCGUGCCCUCCAUGGCUCAUGUAGUGGCUGUAGUGACAGAUAAUUUUUGUAACUAAACCAUUAUUAUAUUCAGUACAUAGAAAAUGAACAUUAUUCACACAAGACGAAGACUGUAGUAGAAUUCAACACCACAAUACAGGAGUUACUAUUUUGAUGUAUUUUCUGUUUGUAUAUUGCUACCUUUUUUUUUUUCUAGAAUAAAAAGAUGUGAAUGAUCUGGUAUCUCAUAUUGUUGGUACAUGAAAUUUGUGUUUUAGGGAGGGGGAUGUCACUUUCUUUUUUUUAAAAUUAUAGUAAGAUUAAUUUUCCUUUGUUUUAUUGAGUUUAUUUUUCCUUUUGAUUUGUCAUGCUUCAGCGUGUUGAUUAAAUCUAUAAGAACAAGGAAAGUUCUGGACAUCAAGGAAAAACCAUGAGGAGGAAGGAAGCUUUUAUCUAGGUUAUUCCAGAGCCUAUAAUGGGGGGGGGGGGGGGGGAGAAUAUGCAUUUUAGGUUCAUUGAAGACUAUGGAACCUUCCUGUGGCUCUACUGUAGGGACCAAAAAAUGUGAUAUUCUAAUUCUAAUGCUAUCUAAAAAAUAAAGGAAAAAACUGCAUGAAUUACAUGUAUUUGGGAUUUAUACGUCUUUGAGGAAUUCUACGGCGCUCAGAGGAAACUGAACUAGUGUCAUAUUCAUAACCCAGAUUUUUAAUUGAUAUUUAUUUGAUUGUUAGUGAAAACUGUGCAAUUUUGUAGAUAGAAAGCUGUUACGCUGUGCAAAAUAUCCUAAUUACCAUUAGUUUCUUCAUUUAUAUAUAUCUAUAGGAACUUUUAUGUUACUUGUAGCUAUUUAGAUUCAAUUUGAUUUUGUCUUAUGCAUCUUGUUUUGUUUCUUUCUUUCCUUUUGUUUUGUUGGCUACAAGUAGAUUCCAGUGUGUUUCCCCCUUGUAGCAGUUGUCUAGUUGACAGGAACGCAGGCUUAGCCCGGCCAGGGUGGCCUGUAAGAACACGUCAUCAUGCUUCUAGUGUGUCGAUGAGCCCAUGUCAGUCUGUACACAGCCGACCUUUCUCCCUUUCUUGUCUCCCAGUGUAUUUAUUGGGUGCUUCACACAGGUUUUUGUAUUUGCUUACAAUUAAAAAAACAUGAAUAAAAUGA